UUUUUUUUUUUUUUUUUAAUUUUUUUUUCAACGUUUAUUUAUUUUUUUUGGGACAGAGAGAGAGCAUGAACGGGGGAGGGGCAGAGAGAGAGGGAGACACAGAAUUGGAAACAGGCUCUAGGCUCUGAGCCAUCGCCCAGAGCCCAACGCGGGGCUCGAACUCACGGACCGCGAGAUCGUGACCUGGCUGAAGUCGGACGCUUAACCGACUGCGCCACCCAGGCGCCCCAAUCUUUUUCUAAUAUAAACCUUAAGUUGGUUGUUUUGCUGUAUCUUAUCUAUCUUGAUAGGUUGUUUUUACUAUCAGUUAGGAAAAGUUUUAAAGUUUUACUUGACUUUUUUUGCUUUGAUCCAUUAUUUAAAGGUGUUACCAACUUCUGUUCCAAACUCAUUCUGUCUUCACUCUCUGUCAUUUUGGUUAGAACUUCAUCUUUCCUGUUGUUCUGGCCAAAAACCAUUUUUUACUUCUUUUUCUUACAACCCACAUCAAAUCUUGAUCUUACAUGAUCUGCAAAUUCCUUCUCAUCCUCCCAGUUUGCUGGGCAUCAGCCACAUUGGCUUCCAAAAUACCAAGUGGGUUCUUACCUUAGAACCUUUGCACUGAUUGUUCUUUCUGUCCAGCUCUUCCCCCGACAACAAUUCAUUGCUUUCUGUGAACUCAGCAUAUCCAGAAAAAUAAGCACUUUAUAUUUGCAAAUUACAUCAUGUAUUUUAUUUGAUUCUCACCAUCGUCAGUAGAGUUUCCAAUUUUAUCCUUAAAGUUUAAAACACUGCUCAAAAUGAACCUUUUAAAAAAAUGUUUAUUUAUUUUGAGAGUGUGCACUCGUGGGGGGAGGGGUGGGGGGGGCUGGGAGAGAGAGAGAGAGGGAGAGAGAGAAUGAGAGGGAAGAGAGAAUCCCAAGCAGGGUCUGUGCUGUCAGACCAUGACCUCAUGAACCAUGAGACCAUGACCUGGGCCGAAAUCAAGAGUCAGAUAGAUGCUUAACUCACUGAGCCACCCAGGCCCCCAACCCCAAACUAACCCUUAAGAGGCAGAAUCAGUACUAGAGUGUACCUGAUUAUGCUUGUUUUAAGCAUUCCUCUGCUCUAAGUAAUACUUCCCAAUAGAAGAUCAAGAUGCUUUCUGGUCCAUAGUACAUCAUCAUUUUAACAAGAGAAAACCUUCAACGGGUGCCUGGGUGGCUCAGAUGGUUAAACAAGAGAUAAACUUCAGAGGCUUUAUCAUUGGGGAACUUAUUUAAAAACUGUUUCCCCCACUACACAGGUGAAAUCAGCUUUAAUGAAAAUGGAGGAAAAUACAAGAGUAUGAAAAAUCUUUUUACCAUGUUGGAGUAUUAUCUUACAUCCCCCCGUUCCUUUUUGAUUUAACAUAUUCAUGUUCCUUUAUUACAAACAGAAAUAUAAAUAGUUCAUUAAUAUUCUUCUCCAAAAAGUACCAUGUUUAUUUAGCCAUUUUCUUAGCUUCUACUAUUAUGGCACUCUGAAAUUUUUCUUUAACUACUGUGAUUAAACUUUAAGAUGGCAGAUGCAUAUAUUUCAACUAUGACUUCCUCAGUUUUAUUCCCCUAAAUCAAAGGCUCUGCACAUUUUCCGGAGUACUGAUACUUAUUUUUACAUUGCUUAUCAAAACUGUUAUAUAAUCUACACUCCCUUCAUCAAUUGGCAGAAAUAAAUCACAGACAUUUCAAAACUAUGUUAUGUCCAGCCGCGUUCAUUUUACAAAUUCGAAGCCCAGAGAUUUGAAUCUAGAACCCAGCUCUCUGGACUUCCAGUCAAUUUCUCCCCCUGGAUUCACUGCAACUGGCUAUUCAGUAGCGAGGCCGACCCCUCCGGACUCUCUGCCCACUGCAGUCUACCCUCGUCUCGGGCUGUCGCCCAACUCCCGUGGGAUGCCAAGGAACUGGGAGGUUCGAAGAUGGCACAAAUCACCAGGACCUCACUAUUAGCUAACACAGGGAGUACACCUGUCUGCCCCUCCGCGGCCACAGGGUCGCAAACCGGAAGCCGGAAAUGGCGAAGUUCGUGGACGCGCCCAGCCGGCAGCCACCUCCUCCCGCUUGCAGCGACUUCGUCCCGCCUCGACACGCGUGGCCAGCUUUCAGUCUAGACUCAUCGAGCGAGGAUGUCGCGUUGAGUGGCUUCUCAGGCUCAGGCCCUGAAAAGCCCAGGAACGGGCCCCUACGUGUCCGUAGCGAAUGCCAGGGCGGGUGCCUUCACCAUCUCAGCAAAUCCCAAGCGGCUGUGGGACGGGCGGCUACUCAUCGCUCCGCUCGCCAGGCCUAACGAGUCGAACGCGGAACUAGCGAGCAGGCGGAAGCCUCGUUCGGGGCUGUUGCUCAGCAGGCCGGGCCUGGCUUUGGGCCCCGGGCCUCCCAGCCUGGGACUCUGCGCCUGCGCCCGUGCGGCCGCGGCCUGCUCUCCCGGCGCGGCCGCGGUCCCUGCUGCAGCGCGCCGCCUGGGUGGCUGGGCGGUCCAUGGGCAGCAGCGAGGGCCACGAUGACAGAUUACGGCGAGGAGCAGCGCAACGAGCUGGAGGCUCUGGAGUCCAUCUACCCCGACUCCUUUACAGUAUUAUCAGAAAAUCCACCCAGUUUCACCAUUACUGUGACAUCUGAGGCUGGAGAAAAUGAUGAAACUGUCCAGACUACCCUCAAGUUUACAUACAGUGAAAAAUACCCAGAUGAAGCCCCUCUUUAUGAAAUAUUCUCCCAGGAAAAUCUAGAAGAUAAUGAUGUCUCAGACAUUUUAAAACUGUUAGCAUUACAGGCAGAAGAAAAUCUUGGUAUGGUGAUGAUCUUUACUUUAGUGACAGCUGUGCAAGAAAAAUUAAAUGAAAUAGUAGAUCAAAUAAAAACUAGAAGAGAAGAAGAAAAGAAACAAAAAGAAAAAGAAGCGGAGGAAGCUGAAAAGCAAUUAUUUCAUGGCACUCCUGUUACAAUUGAGAAUUUCUUAAGUUGGAAGGCCAAGUUUGAUGCAGAACUCUUGGAAAUUAAAAAGAAACGAAUGAAAGAAGAAGAGCAAGCAGGAAAAAAUAAAUUAAGUGGGAAACAGCUAUUUGAAACAGACCAUAAUCUUGACACAUCUGAUAUCCAGUUUUUGGAGGAUGCUGGAAACAAUGUGGAGGUAGAUGAAUCUCUGUUCCAGGAAAUGGAUGACUUGGAGCUAGAGGAUGAUGAGGAUGAUCCGGACUACAAUCCUGCUGACCCAGAGAGUGAUUUGACUGACUAAUGGACUAUCCGCAUCCGCAGAGAGGCGUGACUGCCACAGCAUCUGUGGCCGUGCUGAGGUGUUGAUUUUUCUUUCUUUUUUUCUAAGAAAAAAUAAUUCUCAGGAGAAUAUUCUUCUGAUAGCUUUCAUCAUUGAACUUAAUAAACUGACCUUAAAAUUUCAAAUAUAAAA